AUGGUUGAGGGUGGGGCCGCUAUGGCUGAGGGUGGGGCCGCUAUGGCUGAGGGUGGGGCCGCUAUGGUUGAGGGUGGGGCCGCUAUGGCUGAGGGUGGGGCCGCUAUGGCUGAGGGUGGGGCCGCUAUGGUUGAGGGUGGGGCCGCUAUGGCUGAGGGUGGGGCCGCUAUGGCUGAGGGUGGGGCCGCUAUGGCUGAGGGUGGGGCCGCUAUGGCUGAGGGUGGGGCCGCUAUGGUUGAGGGUGGGGCCGCUAUGGCUGAGGGUGGGGCCGCUAUGGCUGAGGGUGGGGCCGCUAUGGCUGAGGGUGGGGCCGCUAUGUCCCCCAGCUGUGUUGAGUAG